UCUCCGACUUGGAAGUUAGCGAAGGGGGUUAGCAACUGAUCCAGGUUUAUUAUAGAAAUGUCUUGUUUUUGCAACUGUAGUGAGUUUCAAAAAAGAACUGACACUAAUAUAGAAUAUUUAUUUCAACAAGUGACUCAACUUAAGGAAAUCCUGGGACGAGGCCAUGGAUGUCAAGACUGCAAGAUAAACAAAAUGAUGCUUGAAGAUGCAAUUCGGAUGGCAGACCAAUCCAAGAAAGAGCUAGAAGAUUUCAGGGAAAGGAUGAAAGUCAAGAUUUCCAAGGAGAUUGGUGUCAGGGGAGAUUUGUCAGAAAACAUCAAUGACCCCUGCAGAGAGACAGAGCUUCUGAAAAUGUAUGAGAUUCUGAAGAACCAAACCUGGGAACAAACAAAAGAAUGGAUAUUGAAUGGAAAACAUAUAGCCCCUAAACAUAUUUUUAAACUUGGAGCUCAGAUCAUAAAGGAAACGUUUGUUACCUCCAAAAAGGACAUGACUGCUAGGAUAACGAAAAUAAAGGAAGCAAUCAUGAUCUUACCUACAAGUGAAGAAUCCAAAGAAAAUGAAUUGGUCAGCCAAAAGCUUUCAGAUGACAUGGAAACAGCUAUUAAAAAUCUCCAAAAAAGAUUUUCAAGCUGCAGCAUGGAUCUCUACAGGGAGCUGGCAAUGCAUUUGAAUAAAGCUAAAGACAACGAACACAUCCACGUGAUGUAAUCCAUGUGAGGGGUUGCAGUCACGUGGCUACAUACUGUUGGUAUUUGCAACCACAGAGCAUACUUCUUACCUCCAGUCACAGGAAUAAGAAAGAUAUAAUUUAUGAUGUGCAGAUACUUGGAAUUUGUGACCUCUACUGUGCACCAUCGGUGAGCGAGCACACUUUGACCUGAUUUGACCAAGUUUCUUUUGUCCUUUUAAGAAAACAUACUUACCGGUACAUGUUAUUAAGAAAAAAUACAUUUUCAAUAGUUUGUUACAAAACACAGUACUAGUAUGAAUUAUAUACAGUAUUUCUAUGUUCGUAUAUAAACGUUUAACACCACCCCGCUUAAUUGUUAAAUUGUAUUACAGUAUACUACAGUUUUGAUAGACCACGGCUGAUCGAGAAAUAUGUUCGGGUUAGGUCUGUGGAAAAGGUGGCAACCCUAUCCGAGUACUACUUCCUAAACAUGGAAAUGUUACAAUAUACUAAAUAAACAGAUCAAGCUUAUUAUGAUCGUUUGCAAAAUCAGCUGAAAACUUAAUUGGGAUAAUACAUAAUCAUUAUGUUACUUGUUAACAAUGGUAACUUUACUGCCAUACUACUUGCAAAUGUUAUGAAAUGGAAGUACAAACUUUGUGGUGUGAAAGCUAGGAUGUCUGCACUGCAAGCUGCAUUGGAAGCAUGGCUUGGGUUCAAUUCCCACACAGGAUUUAUAUUGCAAACUUAAAAAAAAAAAUUAAAUGUAUUUUAUAAAUGUAUGUAUUUUAAUAUAUUUUAUUCAUGUGAAAAAAUGAAUAUAUAUAUGUGAAUUAAAUACUUCUUUAACUUCUUAGAUGUUGUCACCGAUAAUUGUCUCAAUUAUCAUACUUUAUUCAUUAAAACAAGGUAAGAACAGGUAUGCUGACGCGUUUCGACAUGUUGUUUUCAUCAGAGCAUAUUGAAAGCAGGACUCAUUAGAUCUAUUAAAUGCACCCGGUAUUCAUUGGCAUUUAACACCAUUAUCCGAUUACUAGAAAUAGUAAUCUAGCAGUCAAUCCAUUCAAUUCACAUUGCAUAUACAUAACAAUCUUAUUAAACAUUAUUGUUGAUUCAACAAUCCUCACAGAUAUAGGUUCAGUUAUUGAUCCACUAUGUCAAUGUAUAUAUAUAUUUUUUUUUAUUUACAACCCUUUGUCCUUACACUCUCUUUAUUUGUUUCUGAUGCAUGUGAUGUUCUUAACCGUAUUAAUGAAAUCAGGGUGGUCCUCGAUAAUAUUCUUGUGCCACUUGAUGUCACCAGUUUGUACACCAACAUCCCACAUACAGGGGAAAUGCUGUCACUGUCUAUUUAAAUUCCAGACCCACUGAGGUUAUUCCACCCUCUCAAUUAAUUAUAGAUUUACUUGAUUUGUGCUUAAAUUCCAAUUAUUUUGUGUUUGAAGGUCAUUAUUUUUCCCAGAUAAAGGUUACAGCAAUGGGUGCAGCAUUUGCUCCCAAUUAUAUGGGAUUUUGGGAGGAGAAAUUAAUCUACACUAAUAACCUCUUUUUAACAUGUAUCUCUCUAUGGCUUAGGUACAUUGAUGAUGUCUUAAUAUGGCUGGGAUCACCGACUCUACUUGAUAAUUUUGUGGAUUAUAUUAAUUCCGCAAAUAGUCAUUUAAAAUUUAUAUAUGAAUCUGAUCUAGAUAGAAUACAUUUUUUAUACUUAGAAAUAUCUAAAGGUAAGAACAGCACCUUACAAACUACUGUAUUUAGUAAACCAACAGAUCAGAAUUCGUUACUGGUAAAAAGUCAACAUCCUCGCUCACUGAUAAGAAAUAUACCAAAAGGUCAAUUCUUACGGGUAAGAAGGAACUGUAGCACAGAGUCACAAUUUGAAAUGAAAUCUGAAGAAAUGCACUCCAGAUUUAUUACAUGAGGAUAUGACGACCAUAUUCUUAAAGAAACAAUGUACAAAGCUAAAGAUUGUGAUUGAGAGAUACUUCUUAAUUUACCUCCUAAUUUGCAUAAACUUUUUUUUUUCAGAAAAUACUUAAGUCUAAAUUACAGCUACAUAUGGGGGAUUAUGGUCUGAUCCGUGAUUUCACCGCUGAAUGCUAUAAAGUGAGCUGUUUGAUGACUUUGCACAUUCCUCCACUUCAGCCUUCCUGGGAGUUCCAUACAAGUGGAGAAAGCAACAAUCAAGACAAAAUUCUCUUUCCAGCUAUUGUAAAUAGCUGGAAAAACAGUGCAGCGGAGCUGUAGCACAAAAACAUAAUUUACAGCUUUCAAUAUUCUUAUGAUGUGAUGAUGAACAUACAAUAAUACCCAUGCACAGAGGCUUCUGAAAGUCUCUUGACACAGUGCAGAUUUAUGAUGUGUGAUUUUUGUGGACAUCAUAUAACUUCAUUUUCUUUGCUAUUGUUUAAAUACAGCAUUAUAUUUACUCACAUGUUGCUCUCCCUCUUUAAGAUGAGUUUCUUUAAUUUUUAGUUUCAAUGGCAGCUAUUUACAUUGUUCAUGUUUUAGCUGCACAUAGAUCUUAAUUAAAGGUCUUUUGAACACAAGGUUGUGGUGUCAGAAGACUUAUAUUUAUUAAUGUUAAAUGCCACGUAUACUGUAUUAAAUCUGUUUUCUAAUAAUUAGUUCAAAUGUGAUUUUGCUUCUCAGUUGAAGGCUCCACUGAUAAAUGUAUUUAAUCUUAUACAAAUUGUUAGCAACAUCUUCCAGGGUAUAGCAGUACUGUAGACUUGGUGGGCAACAUCAGCUUAAACAUUGUAUGUUUGUAUGUUGUAUGGUUAUUUCUGUUUUGUUUUUUGUACUUUUAGCAAAUCAUGAUUGUAUAUUGCUAAAGACAUGUAUGCAAAUGUAUGUAUAACUUUUAUUAAAUAAUGGUAUUUCUGCUUA